GGCCGCCUGUCCGGCAUGAAGACCAAGUUCUGCACCGGCAGCGAGGCGGAGCCCUCGCCGCUCGGGCUGCUGCUGAGCUGCGGCAGCGGCAGCGCGGCCCCGGCGCCCGGCUCGGGGCAGCCGCGCGACGCUGCCGACCAGCCGGAGCCCAAGCCGCUGGGCAGCCGGCAGCCGCCGCUCGCGCUGCCCCCGCCGCCGCCGCCGCCGCCGCUGCCGCUGCUGCCGCCGCCGCCGCCGGCCGCCGAGCAGCCGGAUCCGCGCACGCGGCGCAAGGCCUACCUGUGGUGCAAGGAGUUCCUGCCCGGCGCCUGGCGGGGCCUCCGCGAGGAACAGUUCCACAUCAGUGUCAUCAGAGGUGGCCUCAGCAACAUGCUGUUCCAGUGCUCCUUACCCGACACCAUGGCCACGGUUGGCGACGAGCCUCGGAAAGUGCUCCUGCGGCUGUAUGGGGCGAUUCUGCAGAUGGUGUUUUUGAUAAAGCUGUGGAAUGGAAAGAGGUCCUGUAAUAAAGAGGGAUCCGAACAAGCUCAGAAAGAAAAUGAAUUUCAAGGGGCCGAGGCUAUGGUUCUGGAGAGCGUUAUGUUUGCCAUUCUCGCAGAGAGGUCACUUGGGCCAAAGCUCUAUGGCAUCUUUCCCCAAGGCCGAUUGGAGCAGUUCAUUCCGAGCCGGCGAUUAGACACUGAAGAAUUAAGUUUGCCAGAUAUUUCUGCAGAAAUAGCUGAAAAAAUGGCCACAUUUCAUGGUAUGAAAAUGCCAUUCAAUAAGGAACCAAAAUGGCUUUUUGGAACAAUGGAAAAAUAUCUAAAUCAAGUGCUGAGGAUUAAAUUUACUGGGGAAUCCAGAAUCAAACAGCUUCACAAGUUCCUCAAUUACAAUCUGCCUUUGGAACUGAAAAACCUCAGGUCACUGCUUGAAUCUACUCCGUCUCCAGUUGUAUUUUGUCACAAUGACUGUCAGGAAGGUAAUGUCUUAUUGCUGGAAGGCCGAGAGAAUUCUGAAAAACAGAAACUGAUGCUCAUUGACUUUGAAUACAGCAGUUAUAAUUACAGGGGAUUUGACAUUGGGAAUCAUUUCUGCGAAUGGAUGUAUGACUAUAGCUAUGAGAAGUACCCCUUCUUUACUGCCAACAUUCUCAAGUAUCCCACCAGGAAACAACAGCUCCAUUUUAUUUCCAGUUACUUGACUACAUUCCAGAAUGACUUUGAAAACCUCAGUAGUGAAGAAAAAUCUGCUAUAGAAGAAGACAUGUUGCUUGAAGUCAAUAGGUUUGCCCUCGCAUCCCACUUCUUCUGGGGACUUUGGUCCAUUGUACAGGCCAAGAUUUCAGCCAUUGAAUUUGGGUACAUGGAGUAUGCGCAAGCCAGAUUUGAUGCCUAUUUCGACCAGAAGAGGAAGCUUGGGGUGUGACUGGGGAGGAGCAGCCCUUCGCCACUGGACUGCGGGAGACCGUGAGCUGGGCCCUCUGCACUGUGACUGUGGCACCUGCAGCAUGAAGGCCCGGACAUCUCUGAACACAGAUAUGUAUGAUAAUGAAGACAUUAAAGUGGAGUGACAUUUAUCUCAUCCCUUGUUGACGAUCUCACUAAGACUUGGACGAGGUGGGGAAGCAGAGUGUAGGCAGUAGAGCAGUAGAUCAGCCUCUGAGCCCCGGAACCAGAGGCGGCCUUUCACGCCGGGCUGUGAGGCUUCCGGUGGGCACGGCCGCCAGCAGGAGCGGACAGCAUUGCUGCAGGUACUUCGGUUAAUGUUUUUUGGUUUUUUUAUUUUAAAUUUAUCAUUAAUAUACUGGUGAACGUUGUAACCAGGCUUCUUGUAGGUGACAAUGUGAUGUAGACACUCUUGCUCCCAAGGGACACGAGGGAGUGGACACACUGUGAAGUGGCUCCCCGGGCAGCAUGUUCCUCUGGGCAGAGCGGUGGCAGCUGGAGAAGCAGGCUACAUAGGAGCUGCCAGGAGCUCUGCGGGCAGAUGGCCACAGCCCUCCUGCGCCUGCUACAUAUGUUGAUACGUGGACGAGCUUCUCUAUGACUGGACAUGACCUGCACCUGCCCCUUCUGACUGGUGUGCUUUGUAAUUCUGGCUUCACAGUGUGGGGACCUCAGCCCCCAGCCUUUCCCUCCUUCCCUCUCCUGGCCACAGGCAGCCUCCAGGGAAUCCUUCCGCGUAGGCUGCUGCCCUGGCCUUGACCAGCAUUCCCAGCCCCAUCCCUCACCCUCACCCCCACCCCCACGUCCUGGUGUCACUCUGGGAGACAGCGGCACUGACGUGGGUUGUGGUGCAAUGGAGCAGAGCUGUGAAUCCAUGAGCAUUAGUGUCCAGUGGGUAAAUUUUAGCCGACUUUUUUUACUCUAAACUCUGAAUUGUUUUUGUGCAUAUAUUUCUGCUACCACAGAGACUGUACUACACAGAUAAAUAAUAAAAUUAAGACUCAGCCUCAA